AUGCAAGCCAUCCGAGUCCACCCCGCACCACCCUCAGAACCCGCCUACUCCCCCACAAACCCAGCCCCGCCCUCCGCGCUACACCUCGACACCAUCGCCAUCCCCAAACCUACCGAACAUGGCCAGCUCCUCGUCCGCAUCAAAGCAACAACCAUCAUCCGGGACAUGCUCACAUGGCCCGAGACGUAUGAGCGCGCAUUCCCAGUCCUGGGCCAUGACUUUUCCGGGAUCGUGACGGAAGUAUUCUCCGGAGCUUCAAAUUCCAGCGAUUCAAGCUCCGGAGACCCGGGCUCUUCCGCCCUUAAGCCCAGCGACGAGGUCUUUGGCAUGGCGCAUGCAGACCGCGGGUCUACCUGGGCCGAGUAUGCGCUCGUCACGGCGAACGAAGUCGCGCUGAAGCCGCGGGGCAUGGGGUGGGAGGAGGCGGCGGCGUUGCCGUUGAGUGCUCAGACGGCGUAUGAGGCGCUUUUUGAGCAUGCGGGGAUUCCUGCUCCUUCAAUUAUCUCUACUUCUACUAAGACGCGUCAAGACGAUGCGGAUGGUGCAGCACAGCAAUUGCAGGUGUUGGUCACCGGUGCCGCUGGCGGAGUCGGCAUCUACCUCGUGCAACUCGCUGCUAGUGCAGGCGUGCAUGUCGUUGCUGCGACGAGCUCGAACGAGCGCAAUGAAUCAUUUCUGCGCGGUCUUGGCGCGGAUGAGGUUGUUGAGUACGGCCAGCUGGAGAAUGAUGUCGAUCGGUUCGAUGUUAUCGUCGAUGCAGUGGGCGGGGAUGUGUUAACACAGUGCUGGAAAUAUGUUAAGGGCAGUGGGACACUGGUCACGGUGGAUUCUGCGAGCUUUGAUUUCGUGGCGGAGCAUCGCCGCCGGGGGAUUAGUCGGGAGGGCGUGAAAGCGCUAUUUUUUAUUGUCGAGGGGAGUGGCCCUGUGUUGCGGUCUUUGGCGGAUCUCGUCGAUCGGGGGAGGCUCAAGUCUUUUGUGGCGGAGUCUUUUCCGAUUGCGCGGGCGAAGGAGGCGUAUGAGUAUGCCAAUGGGCGGUAUUCGGGGAGAGGAAAGAUUUUGCUUACCCUUUGA